CGCAUAACGACCUUUUCUGCUACCUAAGUUCUACGAUUGUUGGGGAAAUUGAGGGAAGAUGCAGUCGACAAAACCAAUGAGGAAACGAGUCUCGAGAGCUUGUAAUCUAUGUCGGGCGCGAAAAGUGCGGUGCAUCAUUGAGAAUCCAGCUAGUCCCUGUGUCAAUUGUAGACACAACGACAAAGUCUGCACAUUCAAGCGCCGCCAUGGAAUAAUAUCAACGACACCUUCGCUACGACCAAACAAUCCCCCGACGCCGCGAUCUGUCGAAUCAACAACCACGACAUUCGAACCGCGAAACAUCCUCUCCGCGCCUACAACAGUCAUACAACAACCACAAAACUUGUCACAAAAUGUCGCUGGAUCACCGACACAUCCCGAUUACGCAUUCCUCCAAGUCCCCGAUACAAAAGACUUACUCCCGCAGGAUUUAGCAUUCCUCGUCAGUCAAGGAUGCUUUGUGGUUCCGCAGCGCGCCGCGCUGGAUGAUUUUCUGAGGCAGUAUUUUCUGCAUGUCCAUCCGAUGCUUCCGAUUCUGAAUGAGAAGGAUUUUUGGCUUUCGUACAAUUCGGUGGAUAGUGAUGUCGAGUAUGAGAUGCCCAUGUUGGUGCUGCAGGGGAUAUUGUUCAUUUCUUCGGGGUUUGUUUCGUCGGAUACGAUCAAGAUGUUGGGCUUUGAGGAUGUACAUCAAGCCAAACUUGCAUUUUAUCGUCGAUCAAAGCUUCUUUAUGAUUUCAGCGUCGAAAAGUCCUGUAUCGCCAUAGCCCAAGCAUCCCUCCUCCUCGCACACACACACCUCAUUCCCCGCUGCAUAGCAGGCAACAAGCCCCUCGGCUCAAUCUGGCUCGGCAUCGCGAUAUCCUACGCCCGCGUCGCCAAAGCACACUGCUACUCAUCCCUACGCCCCAACAAAGACACCGAAGUAGCCAAGGUGCAAAAACUGCGCAACACCCUCAAGCGGCUCUGGUGGUGCUGCAUCAUCUGCGACCGCCUCCUCCCGCUAACAUCCCGCCAGAGCAUAAAGAUCACGCCCUCCAAUUUCAGUUUCUCAUGCUCGAAAUUGGGAAGUGCGGAUUUAUGCGAUGAGCUUUAUAAUUCUGAUGUUUAUGACUCUACGACCAAGACGCUGCAUGCGGAGUUGCUUUCGAGGCUGGUGGAUCUUUGUGUGGUGUUGACGGAUGUUUUGACGGUUACGAGUGUGUUGUAUAAUAAUCCGAGUUGGAUGCUUUCGGGGAGGAUGGAGGUUGGGAAGGAUGCGAGUUUGUGUCAGAUGGAGCUUAGCCGGUGGUACAGUUCGUGGAGUGAGACUAAGACGACGUUGGAUGAGAGGAUGGCGGAGGAGAUUUCGCCGUCUUCAUCGAUGAUUUUGUUCAAGAAUCUCAUUGAGAUGUAUUAUCACUCAGCGAGACUCUCGGUCUGUCACUACAGCAUCCUUCGAUCAAGUUUAUUACCGCCAUCACAAUCCGAUACACAACUCCGACGACAAAGCGAGGAUCUUCAAGGCUCAGCAUCACGCGUCACAGAGUGUCUUCUCGAGUUUGACCGCCUAGGGCUAUCUCGCUGGCUCCCAAUGACUGCCAUCGGAUGCACAGCAUUCCCAUUAGCCCUUCAAAUGAUCGACGUUGAGCUUCUCCGCCCCAAAAAACCAUCUUCACCAGAAGAAGGCGUCAAACUCACCCAAAAAGAACAACACGUCGAAAAUAUCCUCAAACAAAUGAAGAGCUACAAGAAGAAAUACUACAUCACAGACUGGGUCAUGCGAGCUAUUCGACAUGUCGUUGAACUAGCGAGACAACGAUCACCGGCACCGAUGUCAACCGAGGACGAUUCUUCACCGAGCAGUUGUCUCGAUAUGUUGAAGACCCGACCAAGUUACUAUUUACGACUCGUCAUGACGCUUGAUAUGAGUAUCAGCAAUGGCAGACUCCCAGACGAAUGCGAUUUCCCCCCAUCGUUACGAAAAGCAGGUCGUGGGCUGAGCUCCAGAUCUCAAGUAACUUCCAUGCCAACCGUGGACGAACAAUCGAUGAAGCGUUUCUCCGCCAUGAACAAACAUCUCAUCCCCGACAACCUAACCGACUUUAUGGACCACAACAAUCUCCUCUUCAACAACACGCAAACCCAAGAUUUACGAAGUAUCGAUCAAGAAGCUUUCUUCAACAAUAAACAGCCCUUUCCUGCUGAUUUAACAGCAGCGUUAUGCGAGAUUACGAAUAUUCCACCGCUGGAUUUCAGCGAUAUGUCUUUGAUGGAUUCAACGCAUUUUAAUGACUUUGGCGGCGUUCCGUUUUGGCCUUAUGAUUUAUUGGGGUCACCGCCUGACCAGGCUGGGGGGCAGGUGGAGGAGGUUGGGAUGGGGGAUAUGUUUAACGGGUUGAUGGGGGACAUGAAUGAUAAGACUUAUGAAGGGAAUGGGAAGGAGAGUGCGGCGAAUGAUAUGGUUAUGGAUUCUUUUUGAGCGCAUGUAUUAUACUGGGACGAAUCAUAAAAGCACU